AUGUCAGUAAAAUUGGAAACAAGUCCUGGCGGUACAUUCGCAGCGUCUCAGCAGUUAGCAGAAAGAAAACCUCCAAAGAGUCCGACGAGGAGACGGUUUAAGGAAGAGGAGAGCAAAGCUGGCCCGAGCGGCAUUCGAAAUCCCGAAAACGAUCACCGUCAUGAGCUUGACGACGACAAUGACGACGACGACGAUGCGUGGAAUAAAACACGAUCCAGAAAAAAACUGACGUACCUAAGAUUUUCGCGUGAGAGGGGCGGCCCGUUCAGCAUCAGUGAACAAGAGAUAAUGAUAAGAUAUUUGCUCAAGAAAGGCAAAGUCGGCAAAGCGAAGGGAUUAGUUGUAUGGCGCCAGAUGAUCGAUGACGGGUAAUAAGUUUCUCAAUGAAACGUUGAACUCGCAAAAGACCAUAAAAACGAUUGCGACAGAGUCGUUCAAGACCUUUAAAACACAUCGUGUUAAUCGAGAAGAAAGCCCUUGAAAAUACUCUGAGAAUCCAGUUGAAGAGAUGGAAACCGAAAAUUUCAACUAAA